AUGGCGUCAGCAGCAGAAGCAGCAGCAGCGUCCCGCACAAGCAAUGCAGCAUCAGCAGCAACAGCAGCAGCAGCAACUGCAGCAGCAGCAGCAGCAGCAGCAGCAGGAUGUGAAGAAGAAAGUCCUUCCUUGUUGUUUGUUUUGGUGUUCGCCAAUGGAUUUGCUGUUGCUGCCUACCCCGACUUGCUGCUGCUGCUGCACCCAGAGCGCUUUUGCUGCUCCGUGCUGCUGCUGCAGCAGCAGCAGCAAGCAGCUGACGCUGCAGGAGGCCCUCCAUGGGGGCGACUGCAGCACUUCCCGAGUGUUUAUUGUGUUGCUGCUGCUGCAGCAGCAGCAGCUCCUCCUGCUGCUGCUGCAGCAGCUCCUGCUGCUGCUGCCAGCAGCAACUUGUGGCGCCGCUUUAAUGAAGCAGCAGAUAUCAGGCGCUGCUUCUCCCUUAGGCCGCUGCUGAACACAAAUCUGCUGCUGCAGCAGCAGCAGCGGCCAGACAGUUUGGCCUUGCAGCAGCAGCAGCAGCAGCAGCAGCAGCAGGUGCGCAGCGAGAGCAGCAGCAAAUACUGCUUGCGGAAGGGCCUCCCCAGCCCUCCGCUGUGGCCUCCAGAGUCAGUUUUGCUGCAGCAGCUGCUGCUGCUGCAGCAAGCAGCAGAAACAUUGCUUCAGCAGCAGCGCAGUGGCCAGUGGUUGGGAAGCAGCGGCAGCAGCAUACUGCAGCAGCAGCAGCAGCAGCAGCUAGCCACAGCCCUAGGCCAAGUUGCCGCAGCAGCAAACCUGCUGCAGCAGCAAGUUCAGGUGGACCCCAAUACAGGGGUGCUGACAGUCAGCAGCAGCAGCAGCAGCAGCAGCAGCAACAGGGAUGGGUCGUGUGGCACACAAACAUGGCCGCAGCCGCAGCAGCAGCAGCAGCAGCAGCAGCAGCAGCAGCUCCACUGGGAACAGAAGUAUUCGCUGCAGCUCUGCUGCAGUGGGCAGCUCUGUGUGCUGCAGUGGCCUGCUGCUGCCCCGGAGCAGCGAGCCGUGAGUGUGUCCCCAGUGGAGCAGCAGCAGCAGCAGCACAGCAGCAGCAGCAGCAGCAGCAGCAGCAGCAGCAGCAGCUUGCAGGGGAGCAGCGCCGUGUGCGUGGAGCUGCAGCACGUGUGGUGGAAGAUGCAGCAAGUGCUGCCGACUUCUUUGCUGCUGCACUGCUGCAGCAGCACUGCUGCUGCUUGGCUGCCGCUGCUGCUGCUGGCUCUUUGCAUGCGGCUGGCGCUGCUGCUGCGCGACGAGCUGACGGACCAGCUACAGCAGCUGCAGCAGCAGCAGCAGCAGCAGCAGCAGCAAGGAACGAAACUUGCGGCUUCUUCUGCUGCGCUUUCUGAACAGCAGCAGCAGCAGCAGCAGCAGCAGCAGCAGCAGCAGCUAGCAACUACGCAGCGGCGGGAGGUUCUCCUCGCCACACUAGAGCAAGCAAAGGAGGCACAAGCCAAACUCCACCAUCACCAGCAGCAGCAGCAGAAGCAGCAGCAGCAGCAGCAGAAGCAGCAGCAGCAGCAGCAGCAGCAGCAGCAGCAGAAUGAAGCUCUGGUCACUUCAGGGUCGGGCCCCGGAAGUGCCCCUGUAAGGGGCUGGGCGGGAGGCGAGUUUGUGGGUGCAGCAGACACGCCAGCAGCAGCAGCAGCAGCAGCAACAGCAGCAGCAGCAGCAGCAGCAGCAGCAACAAGCAAAUUAUCUGGGCGGGGGACGCUGCCUGUGUUAGGGCAGGAAGCAAAAGACAUGAAGUGCAUUUACUGCUGCAGGACAGCAGCAGACCUUUCGCUGCCGCUGCAGCUGCUGCAGCUGCUGCAGCCCUCAGCUGACGGAGCAGCAGCAGCAGCAGCAGCAGCAGCGGCUGCUGCUGCUGCUGCUGCAUCCCCCUGGGGGUUCAGCAGCAGCCUGGAGUCUCUUUUGUUUGCUGCUGAGCUGCCCGCCGUGUCUGGGGACUGCAGCAAUCCGCUUUUUUUGUUUCUUCCUGGCCUAGGCCUUGUGUUUGCUGCUGAAGGCCACGCUGCUGCUGCUGCUGCUGCUGCUGCUGCUGCUGUGGCUGUGGUUGCAGCUCCCGGAGCCCUGACCCUUCCCGACCUCUGUGCUGCUGUUGCUGCCGACUGCGCAACAGCAGCAGCAGCAGCAACAGCAGCAACAAAUGAAAACGCAGCAGCAGCAACAGCAAGAAAUGCAGCAGCAGCAGCAGCAGCAGCAGCAGCAGAUUCGGAGAAGACGGGGAGCAGCAGCCGCCAGCGAGCUCCAGGCGCGGAGCUGUGGGUGCCUCUUAGGGCCUGGCCUUUGCCUCUCGGCGUUAGCCUUAGCAGCAGCAGCAGCAGCAGCAGCAGCAGCAGCAGCAGCAGCAGCAGCAGCGGGCGCAGCUUCUGCUGGCAGCAGAUUGACGCCAGAGGCUCUCCGAAGCAGUUUGUCUGGACCUGGACCUUGCGGGCAAACCGGCGGCGGUCGAAUUUGCUGCUGCUGUUUGCUGCAGCAGAGUUGCUGCUGCAGUGGCGGCAGCAGCAGCAGCGCCGCGUGCUGCUGCUGGGGCUGCUGCUGCUGGAAGCAGCAGCUGCUGUUGCGCCUGAGGCGCAGCAGCGCCUCCAGACUUCUUCAGCUGCUGUUGACGCAUGUGCUGCUGCAGUGGCCGACGCGACUGCUGCUGCUGCUGCUGCUGUUCUGGGCUGGCUGCGCCCCAGUGCUGCAGCAGCUGUGGCAGCAGCAGAGGCUGCUGCAAGUGCUGAGGACCUUGCUGCUGCAGCAGAAGUGGCUCGCACUGCAGCAGCAGCAGCAGAAGUUGCCGUGCAGGCGUUUGUAGCUUUGCUGCACCGCAGCCAUGCAAAAGAAACCUCGAGCUUGCAGCAGCAGCAGCAGCAACAGCAGCAGCAGCAGCAGCAGCAGCAGCAGCAGCAGCGACAGCAGCAGUUGGCAGCGACACGUGGAGGCCAUAAAAAUCUGCAGCAGCAGCAGCAGCACCCGCGAAGCGAACCCCCAGCUGAGGGCCCCACGUUUCUCAACAGCUUUUCCUGCGGGUCGGGGUCUUCAUUCAGUGCUGCUGCUGCUGCUGCUGCUGCUGCUGCUGCUGCUUCCUGCUGCAGUGCAGCAGGUGACCAGUGGUCAGUCCGGCGGGCUGAGGCCUCUCCGUGGCAGCAGCAACUCACAAAAAUUUUAAGAGAGCUUGCGGAAGUCGCAGGCCAUGUGGCUGCCUGCAGGUGCACCUGUGCACGCAGCAGCAGCAGCAGCAGCUGCUGCUGCUGCAGCAGCAGCAGCUGCUGCUGCUUCGGGGUGAGGCAGCGCAGCAGCAGCAGCAGCAGCAGCAGCAGCAGCGUGUCCUGCUUCCAGUGCCCCUUCUCCCUGGUCAGCUUUGAGCUGCCGGAGUACUUUGUGGCUUGUGGGGUGACCAGUGGUCACCUUGAGGUGUCUGUACACUUCGCACUUUGCUGCCAGCAGCAGGCAGCAGCUUCUGGGGAGCCCCCGUGGCACUUUGUGGCGCUGCAGCGGCAGCAGCUGCUGCUGCUGUCGCUGGGGGCGGAAGCAGCUUCGUUUAUAGGAGCAGCAGCAGCUGCUGGUGCUGCCAGUACACCCCAAAGCACCGCAGCAGACGCAGGCAGCGAAGUGCGCCCAGCAGCAGCAGCAGCAGCAGCAGCAGCAGCAGCAGCAGCAGCAGCAGCAGCAGCAGCGGGGGUUGUGCUGCAGGCACUGACUGUGCGGUCGCUGCAGACGCAGGAGCUGCUGCUGCAGGCCAACGGCCCAGUGGCGGUCGAGGCUGCGCUGAGCAGCGCAGCAGCAGCAGCAGCAGCAGCAGCAGCAGCAGCAGCAGAUGGCAGCAAGUUGCUGCCAGCUGAGGCAGAGCUGGGCGUGGCAGUGCUGAGAGCCGCCGGCGCUGUUCUCUCGUGGGCCAGUGAGGAGCAGCAGAGACGCAGUGUACGUACACCUCACGGCUAG